UCUACCCAUCCCUAGCCCUAUAUAACCUCCCCAAUCCACACACUCUUCCAUUCACUCUUUGCGCUCCUUCUCUUGUUUGCAUGCACAGAUGGCCCCUCCCUCUAGAGCAGCUUUGAAGGUUUGCUUCCUUCGUGUGUGCGAACACUUUAUUUUCACCCCGCCAAACAAAAAAAUCGUUUACUUAAUUUUGUUCCUUGUUUUUUCGUUGCUCCAGCGCCCCAUGGACAGCGAUGAAGACAAUGUUGUUCUCACCAGGUCGGCUAGAGCUAAGAAGGCAAGGAACUCGUCAACUCCUUCAGCGCCUGUCCCCCUGCCGCUCCUACGUCACCCUCACCCCCCUGCGGACGAUGAUGUCGUUGUCGAUGCAGCCAAAGCAUUGCGCAUCUUCUUCAACGUCGUUGAUUCUGUCCCAGCUCAGAAUCUCCUAAGGCUCCACUUCGCUUCUGAGACAGCUAUUUGUGGCAAGCUCUUCAUGGCUACGACUGCUCUCAUGGCUUUGCUCGGCCACAAGCACUACGACAUAUCAGAGAGCCCCGCCGGUGUUAUGUAUGUUUCUACUAGAAGCAUCGAGGACGCCGCGAUGCUCGAAUCGCAAGUGCAUGCUGCGUUCGGUGUCAUACUGUCCUUCCAUCGCGUGUCUACGGUCGACCGCGAGUUUUGUUAUGCACGCGGCGAUGCUGCUGCGUUCAAGCUGUAUGAGCACGACCGUUUCUGAUGUGCGCCUGCUGAUGUGGCUUGUGGGUUCGGCAUUUUGUAUCCUGUUUCCGUUUCUGAAGUGUGCCUGCUGAUGUGGCUUCGGCAAUCUGUAUCGUGUUUUUAUUUACAUGUUAUGUUUCGAAGAGCUUGUCUCU